AAGACGGAAGCAAAUACUUGCCACCACCAGCGACAGAAAAUUUUAGAGAGAGAGAGAGCGAAACACUUUAGAGAGAGAAAGUGAGCAAUGGGUUUUUUGAAGAUGUCCGCCUUGAUGAUGGUGGUGGUGGUAGUGGCGGUGAUUGGGUUUGCGGAGGGCCAAUCAACGCCGUCGUGCGCGCAGAAGCUGGUGCCGUGUGCGGAUUACAUGAACUCAACGAACCCACCGGCUUCGUGCUGUGACCCACUGAAAGAGGCAGUGACAAAUGAGCUCUCUUGUCUCUGCACUCUCUACAACACCCCUGGCUUGUUGACCUACCUCGGCAUCAACAUCACUGAUGCGCUUGCUCUUCCCGGCCACUGCGGUGUCUCCGGUGAUCUUAGCGCCUGCAGCAAUGCUACAGCCCCAACAGCCUCAACAGAGCCUCCUCCAGGAGUACCGGGAAACGACGUGAGCAGGAUUGCGAGCACUGGCUUGUCAAGCUUAAUUCUAUUUUGGGCUUCUGUAAUGCUGUAUUAGUGUAAUUCUUCUAUUCUUUGGGAAACAGAUGAAGUCAUAUUAUUGUUACGGAGAGGAAUUAGCAACACCAGGAGGAGGUUUAUUUGAUGGUUUUUUUUUUUUUUUUAGCUGAGUAUGAAUAUGAAAUUGAUACGAGUGGUACUGUAUUCUAUCGUUUAUUUAUGAAAUUUAUGUGAACUGCAGCAUUUCACAAAUUUAUGUCACGUUUCAUUAUUUUACACCUCA